AGGGACCACACAGCAUACCACAACCACUAAUAUUAAUGCCUUACUUGCAUCUCAGUACCCUUGUACCUCCUUCCUUUCUCCUUCUUCCUAUAUCAUAUCCACUCACUCAACUUUACGGCAAACAGGUUCUCCUUGGCCUUUUCUUCACCUUUCAUCUUUUUAUGUGAUAAUAUAAUAUCUAUGUUGUUUUCUUUCCAAUUCAUGAUCAUGGUUUCUGCUGGUGCUGGACCUCAUAUGUAUGCCUAUGCCUUGCCCUUUUUGUGAUCCAUAGGCAACAAGGCUCAAGGCUCAAGGCUCAAGGAACUAGUAUAGUUUCUCUCAUGGGGGUUUGUUUGAGCUCCCAAAAUAAAGCUGGCCGCUUAUGUAACACUGAGUUAAAUUCAAAGCAUGUGAGUGCCGAUGCAAAAGAUCCUAGCAGUUCAAGAAGUGAAGUUACAAAUGAUCUCAGCAGCACAAUUGAUAAGGUCUCAGAGGUUACAGUGCCUCAGACUCCCCAGAGUGAGGGUGAGAUCUUGCAGCCAUCCAAUCUGAAGAACUUUAGUUUGACAGAACUUACAGCUGCCACAAGAAAUUUCCGUACAGACAGUGUGUUAGGAGAAGGUAGUUUUGGAUCAGUUUUUAAGGGCUGGAUUAAUGAUCAAUCACUGUCUGCUGCCAAACCUGGCACGGGGAUUGUUGUUGCUGUGAAAAGAAUUGAUAAGGAUAGCUUCCAAGGUCAACAGGAUUGGUUGGCAAGGCAUGGUAUGACUCAUGAAGCUAGUCUCGAGGCUGAAGUUAACUAUCUAGGACAGCUUUCUCAUCCCCAUCUAGUGAAAUUAAUUGGGUAUUGCUUUGAAGAUAAAAGCCGUCUUCUGGUGUAUGAAUUUAUGCCUCGUGGUAGCUUGGAGAAUCACUUGUUCAUGAGAGGCUCAUAUUUUCAACCUCUUUCUUGGGGCCUCCGUUUGAAAGUGGCACUUGGAGCUGCCAAAGGGCUUGCAUUUCUUCACAGUGCCGAAACAAAAGUGAUAUACCGAGAUUUCAAGACUUCAAAUGUCUUGCUGGAUUCAAAUUAUAAUGCAAAGCUUGCUGAUUUGGAGCUGGCAAAGGAUGGGCCAACACGUGACAAAAGUCAUGUCUCCACCAGGGUAAUGGGAACCUAUGGAUAUGCAGCUCCUGAAUAUCUAGCCACAGGCCAUCUGAGUGCUAAGAGUGAUGUCUUCAGUUUUGGAGUUGUGCUGCUGGAAAUGUUAUCAGGAAGGAGAGCUGUGGACAAGAACAGACCAUCAGGACAGCAAAAUUUGGUGGAAUGGGCAAAGCCAUACCUAGCCAACAAGAGAAAGCUUUUGCGUGUGUUGGAUAAUCGUCUUGAAGGCCAAUAUGCAUUAGAUGAGGCCUAUAAGGUAGCCACACUCUCUCUGCGAUGUCUUGCAACAGAAUCCAAGUUGAGACCAAACAUGGACGAGGUUGUCACAGAUUUGGAGCAGCUUCAGCUUCCCCAUGUAAACCAAAAUCGUUCUGUGAAUGCCUCUUGUGGUCGUAGAAAAAGUGCUGAUGAUUUCACCCAAGGUAGAACCGCCAAAGUUUCAGUUUCCCCACUCUCACAUGACAUUGCAAAUACACGUGUUUGAAGGCUAGGUGUUUACACAUGUUACGUAAUAGAUUUUACUACAAAUCUUAGUAUUGCAUGUAUAUAUUCAGGCUCUGUUUGUAGUAGUCAAAAUAGAUGGAACUGCUAGUGCUUUCUUAUGUGGCUCUGGUUAGCUCAAUUUUGUUUUUAAUGUUGGUGUAAAGUUUUCCUACUCUAUUUUGUUACACUUGCAUUGAGCAGCUUUCACAUAGAACUUGUAAUAAAACUUGUAACGAAACUUAUAUAGGUGAUUUCUUUCUUGUAAAUAUAGGCAUAAUUUUGGACAAAGCGAAAACAAUGAUAGUUUGAGAUAUGAAUUUAUAUCC